AUCAAUAUUCUCCCACCUCUCGUGUUUCACUUUCCGCAAUGCCAUUUUCCGUUUGACAGUGAUGUUAGUUCUGCUUGCAUAUAUCGCGUGUAAUUUGAUUUUCGUAAAAUUUUCUACAGAAAUACAAGAGUGAAACCGUUCGCAUAAACAAAAUCAUAACUGAAUGACAAUAAGGAAAACUCAGAAAGUGUUUGAUAUAUUUGAAAAUAUCUUCGUUUCCCUUUGAUUCUGUAAAUACAAAAUUUGUAUCAUCUAAAUAGCAACACAUCUAACCUAAAAAGUCUCACAACUAGUGGUUGUUGGUGGCUGAAACUGUGUCAAUGGGCAAUGUACUCGGCCCCGUACCCUUGGCAUUAUAGGAAGUAUAUGACAAACGAAGGAAUGCGAAAAUAGGGCAAAAAAGUGUAUAAAUUUAUCGAACAAGGGUAGCAAAACAAAAAUAAAAGUACCCGGCAUUAUUGUGGUACUCACUUAGCGGAUCGUAGUUACAAAAACCAAAAUCGUAGACAUAAUAUAAUUCAAUAAUACGUUUGAUAUUAUUGUAUUAACCCACGAGCUAACAGUGAAUAUUGUCGCGCAUGGAGGUUUUCAGUCUUAUCGUGUCUCUCGAACCAAACGCAAGUGCUUAAAGUGGUAAAGCAGCCAGAAUAGUUUGAAAAUAUGCGCGCUGCUAACGACUUACAAUCACCCACCAGCGAAAUGGUGUUAUUAACACCAUCCAGUGAAACAGCGCCCAGCGCUAUAACAGAAAAUACCAACGUUGCGCGUAUAAGCAAUGGCGGUGUUGGUGGACAACGUGAAGGAUCUGCCGAAUCAAAUACGAGCGCUGUGCGUAUGAAGAAGCAAUUGGGAUUACUUGAAGGUGUUGCUAUCAUAUUGGGUAUAAUCUUUGGUUCUGGCAUUUUUAUAUCGCCCAAAGGUGUGAUACGCGAAGUAGAGGCAGUAGGCACUUCGCUUAUUAUUUGGGUGUUAUGCGGUUUGUUGUCGAUGAUUGGCGCGCUUUGUUAUGCGGAAUUGGGCACGGCGAUCCCGAAAUCUGGUGGGGAUUAUGCAUACAUUCUCGAAGCGUACGGCUCGUUACCCGCCUUUCUCUACCUAUGGGAUGCAAUGAUGAUCUUUGUUCCUACAACGAAUGCUAUUAUGGGUCUCACCUUCGCUUCGUAUGUGUUACAGCCCUUCUUCGAGAAUGAGUGCAGCAUACCGGAGGGUGCACUACAACUUCUAGCCGCUGUUACCAUCUGCUUCCUGACCUACCUCAAUUCUUGUUAUAUGAAAGUAACGACGAAAAUGCAAAACGUAAUUAUGUUCACUAAAAUAGCAGCUUUGGUGCUAAUUAUCAUUGUGGGCGUGGUGUGGAUGUGUUUGGGUCACGUUCACAACUUCGACAAGCCCUUUGAAAACACACACACGGAUCCCGGAAAGCUGUCGGUAGCCUUCUACUCUGGCAUUUUCUCCUAUGCCGGCUGGAAUUACUUGAAUUUCAUGACAGAAGAACUUCGUGACCCUUAUAAAAAUCUGCCCCGCGCUAUCUAUAUUUCAUUACCGCUAGUUACGGCUAUUUAUGUGCUUGCUAAUAUGGCCUAUUUGGCGGUGUUGUCGCCUUCGGAAAUGAUCGCCUCCGAUGCAAUAGCAGUGUCCUUUGGCAACCGUGUGCUGGGCCUAUGGUCUUUUAUUAUACCCAUUAUGGUGGCGAUAUCGGCUUUUGGCGGGCUCUCGGUGCAUAUAAUGACUUCCUCACGAAUGUGUUUUGUGGGCGCGCGCAACGGUCACAUGCCAGCGAUCUUGUCCAACAUAAGUGUGAAACAAUUUACGCCGGUGCCGUCGCUGGUAUUUUUGUGCAUUUUGUCUAUUAUAAUGCUCGUCGUGAGCGAUGUUUAUGUGCUCAUCACUUACAGCAGCAUAGUGGAGUCGUUUUUCAUAAUGCUUUCGGUGUCGGCGGUGUUGUUUUUUCGCUAUACCCGCCCCGAUAUGGAACGUCCAAUUAAGGUUUCGCUUUGGAUACCUGCUGUGUUUGUUGUGAUAUGUGCCUUUCUAGUGGUCGUGCCUGUUUACGUAGCUCCCUAUGAAGUUGGCAUGGGUGUUCUGAUAACGGUUAUAGGAGUGCCGUUCUACUAUGUCGGUGUUGUGUGGAAGAAUAAGCCAAACAUUUUACAGAGUGCAAUUAACCAUUUCACUUACGCGUGCCAAAAAAUGUUUAUGACAGCCAAAGAGGAGAAAUAUGAGUGAUUCCUAUGUUGGAUUAUUACAAUAAUCUUCAUUUUAUUAUAAACAUUUGCUUAUUUAUUACUAUUUUCUGUUUAUAAUUAAUUUACACACAAAAUUAAUACUCCUCGACUAACAUUUUUGUAUGUAUGUAAUUCUGUACAUAUAGUUUAAGCAGAUAAUUUACGGUACUUCAUAUGUACCGUCCAUAUUUUGCAGCUUACAUUUUAGUAUGACAUUUUUAAGAUUCGCAUUAUUUCAAUUAUGUUACAAAAAUCGUAUAACUUAAGGGAGGGAAUACCAUACUACAAAACCGAACCUAAAACUUGUGCUAUAAAUGUGUUUCUCAUGUUCAUAAAACCAUUUUAAAACGGCGCGUGUUUUGAAACAACAUAGUUGUCCUACUUUUUCUAAUAAUCUAACAAAAGAUUAUGCAUAUUUGAUGUUUUUUACAAAUUUAUUCAUAGUAAAUUAUAAAGUUCCAACGAAAUAUAUUAAUGUCAGUUAUGAAUUGCUUUUUAACCAUGUCUUCGGUGAAGUUCGAUCGAGAUAAGUUAAUGAAAGGCAUUUACUAUAACCAAAAUAUUUAGCAGUCAUUUACAAAAUAUUGUAUGUUUUAAAUAACGCAUUUCGGAUAAAAUAAAAAUAUUUACAUAUAUAAAAAUAAGAGUACAAAUAGAAGUCACGCCAAAAAUUAACCAAAAAACCAACUUAUUGUCACUCAAAUAAUUAAUCACUAAAAUAUAUAUAUUUCAUUAAAAACAGAACAAUUUCAGUUAACAAUUUUUGGCUUCUAGUUUAUUUUUUAAAAUAAAUCUUAUACUACAAAAUCGAUUUUUUCGAAUCUUUCGUUUUAAAAAUUUUAUUCUAGGCUUUCUACUACUGCUACUAAGGCUACUCUGAAAUAAAAUCAAGAAUAAAUGAUAGCAGAGAUAUAUAUGUACGUAUAAUGAUAUAUAUUAAAGUUGAUGAUAAAGUUAUAUAAUAUAUAAAGUUAAUGACUAUAUGUAUGUACGGAUUGUUAUGUAUUCUUCUAGGUCCACCUAGAUAAUAGAGCGUCCUCUUAGAUAAUAGAGCGUAAUGUUCUACAUAUAUGGUUACAGUUUCAUUCACUUUUAGCCAAGAACAUCACGAAUACACAUUUGUAUGUAUGUAUAAGUACACACACAUACACACACAUCUAGUUAAACUUAACUUAUGCUUUUGUAUCCUAAACUUCCGAUUAUACUAUAAUAUUGCUGUGAAAUAAAAUUAACAAUUUAGACAUUAAUAAAGGAUAACUUAAUUUUUGUUAAAUUCCUUUGAAUAAGGUUUCUCCGUCCCAUAAUCUGGCUGUGUUAUAGAUAAAUAAAGCAAAAUUUCUAUUUCUUUUCUAUUGCCUAUUA